CUUCAAGACAUCCUCCCUUAAUAAACCGAAAACAUGGAUGUAAGGUUUUACCCGGCAGCUGCUGGCAAUGCCCUGCCCGGAGAAUCCCCCAAUCUGGACUUUUCCCAGUGUUUAGACUACUACACUUACAAGUUUGGAAAUAAUAACAACUACAUGAAUAUGGCAGAAGCCAAUAAUGCAUUUCUCGCCGCAAAUGAGAAACAGCAGUGGACUGAUGAAUGCUUUAAGACAUUCCACACACCAAGUCUUGGUGAUGAAGAGUUUGAAAUUCCUCCUAUAACCCCACCUCCAGAAACAGACCCUACACUUAACAUGACCGAUGUUCUUCUUCCAUUCCAAGUUAUGGGUGAAGCAUUGACUGUACAAGGGAGUGGAUUUACUCCUCAGUUCCCACCACAAAGUCUUGAUCUCCCAUCUAUCACCAUAUCUCGGAAUAUAGCAGAACAGGAAGGAGCGCUACACAGCAAUGGAUUGACAAUGGAUCAAAGGCAAGCUCAGAUGUCACAAUAUCGGCAGGACCACUCAUUAAUUAUGAGAUCUCUGGUACAUAUGUCUGAUGUGGCACGGGCAGGAAUGAUGUCUGCAAGUCAGCUGACUACCAUAAACCAGUCCCAGCUCAGUGCCCAGUUAGGACUAAACAUUGGUGCACCUACCAUUUCUCAUACUUCACCCUCUCCACCAGCCAGCAAGUCUGCAACACCAUCUCCUUCCAGCUCCAUCAAUGAAGAGGAUGCAGAUGAUACAAGCAGGACUAUUGGUGAAAAAAGAGCCGCUCCAGAUUCUGGAAAGAAACCCAAGACCCCAAAGAAGAAGAAAAAGAAAGACCCCAAUGAACCCCAGAAGCCAGUGUCUGCAUAUGCUCUCUUUUUUAGGGACACCCAAGCAGCAAUCAAAGGUCAAAACCCCAAUGCUACUUUUGGCGAAGUGUCGAAAAUUGUGGCUUCUAUGUGGGAUGGCCUUGGAGAAGAGCAAAAACAGGUAUAUAAAAGGAAAACUGAAGCUGCUAAAAAAGAAUAUUUAAAAGCCCUUGCAGCCUAUAGAGCAAGCCUUGUGUCUAAGGCUGCUGCUGAAUCUGCAGAAGCUCAGACGAUUCGCUCUGUCCAACAAACACUGGCAUCAACCAACCUCUCAUCUUCUCUUCUCCUCAACUCUUCAUUAGCUCAACAUGCAUCUGCCUCUGUGGCAGCCCAAAAUCUACAGCAAUCACUCCCAAGGGCGAUUGCACCGAAACCUUUAAACAUGAGACUACCAUCUAGCCAGAUUGUUACUUCAGUUAGCAUUGCACCAAACAUGCCAUCAAACAUGGGAACUCCUAUAAUGAGCUCCAUGGGUGCACCUAUGGUUGCCACUCCAUCUUCUCAAGUCAGCCCCUCCCUGCAGAGCCAACAGCAUCACCUCCAACAGUUGCAGCAGCAGCAGUUGCAACAAAUGCAGCAACAGCAGCUUCACCAGCACCAAAUGCACCAGCAGAUCCAACAGCAAAUGCAGCAGCAGCAUUUUCAGCAUCACAUGCAACAGCAGCUUCAACAGCAACAACAGCAGCAGUUACAACAUCAAAUGCAUCAGCAGUUGCAGCAUAUACAUCUACAGCAGAUACAGCAGCAACAGCAGAUGCAACACAUUCAACAUCAGUCUCAAAUGUCUCCUCAGCAGCAAUCACCUGCUCCUUCCCAGCCCGGAGUACCUUCCCAAAUAGCAUCACCCAUACCACAUAUCAAUAGCCCUCCUCCUGCAUCCCAGCACCACCAGCCAUUGAUACAGUCCCAGGCACAGACUCAAGUGCUAUCCCAAGUCAGUAUUUUUUAAUUCUCCCGCGAUCUCAUCGCAGAUAUAUUCAUCUCUUUAAGAGAAGGUUUAUAAGCUGUAAAUUGUCUAAAAGUGUUAUGCAAGAAUGCGUAACGGACCAGGGGAAAAUCUUAAAUGUCUAUUAGAUAGGCAAUAAUGAACAAUGGAACAUGUAUCAUAUUUUAGUAUCUUCUUACCUAGUUCUCUGGAAACUAAUGAAAGCUGCCCAUUCUGUUUUUCAUGUGGCUCCUUUUUAAUUUAUUGAAUCUUUUCCUAAAAUAUGUGAAUUGUUUGCUCUGAAAACCCCACAGGAAAAUCACUAAGGACAACUAUAAACAGUAGGAGUUGACUUCAGCAUGCCAUAAGAUACUUUUGAAGGACCUCAGUGCGUUGCUAGCAUUGGAAAGUCAACAAAGGCAAAACAUGCAGCUGUAACUACCUGUAGAGUGAUAAUCAUUCAAGUGCAUUUGUAUUACAUAUGUAGUUAAUGGCAUUUUUGUCAUUUGAUGUAAAUUGCAAAUAUUUGCCAAAGUUCUUAUUUUUUCCCUUUUUUAUCUAUACUAAAUUAAGAAAAAUCUAUAAUUAGCAACCAAAAUGUAAGUUUCUGAUACACUGUAACAGUAUGUUGAUUGGUUUGGUGUUUUGCCAUGUUCAUAUAAAUUUGAAAACAAAUGUGAAUAUACCGUGCUUAAGUGACACUUUUCUUCUUAAAACAAUGUAUUUUUCAAAGGGAAAUGCACUUAACAAAUGGAUAUUCUAAGAGCUAAAGUUAACUAAUGCUACAAGUACUGUAUGAUCAGUAAAAUAUUUAAAAUUGUACCCUAUGUAAGGUGUAUAUAUUUUCUUUCGGAGUUGUAUGUUUUGAAAUAAUUUGUUGAACAAUGUUUUCAUAAACAAGGCUUUAAUGUAACACUGGUUACAGAACCAUUAAUUGCUACAUCGCUUAUUGUGUUUUUAUGCUGUUUUAUACUUUUUUAUGAGUUCUGAUAGCGGCAGUUAAGUUGUUUGUAUUUUGCUUAACUGAAAAAAGAAUGCUUUUAUCUUGCAAUAGAAUAAAACAUGAUUCUGUAAUAGAUUGCAUGAUGCUUUUUUUUUAAAUUA